GUUUGGCGAACCGGAGUUUCCCGACGGGUGGUUCGGCAUAAGCCAUCGGAUGAGUGUCAUUGAAAGAGCGAUUGAGAUUAAGAAAGAACAAAAUAAUACACCUGUAUAUGGAGAUCAAACAUGUAUUGAUGUGAAGACAACAUCGGGUGUAGUGAGGGGUCAGACGAUAGAUGUGUUGAACGUAAGUAUUGACCAGUUUUUGGGUAUACCUUAUGCCGAACCACCCGUCGAGAGACUCCGGUUCGCCAAACCUGAACCCAUCAAAACACCCAAACCGGACAUUAUAGACGCGACAAAACCCAAAAACUCUUGUGUUAUGCCAUUAAGUGUCCCAAAUAUAACCCAAAGUGAAGACUGUUUGGUAUUAAACAUAUGGACACCAAAUGCGGGCAAUAAUAACACAAACAAAUCACAGCUCAAACCCAUUAUGUUUCACAUACACGGCGGGGGGUUAUCUGUGGGCUCGAUAUUUGGUGGACUGGAUAGUAAUAUGAUAGCCACACGGGGUGUGGUUUACGUCUCAACAGCUUAUAGAUUAGGACAGUUGGGCUUUCUAUACGGGGAUCGGGAGGACGCGCCCGGAAAUGUAGGUUUUUAUGACCAGUUAUUGGCUCUCAAAUGGGUCAGAGAAAAUGCUGAAAAAUUUGGCGGAGAUAGGGAUCAGAUCACGAUAUUAGGUCAGAGCGCCGGGAGUUGGUCGGUGUCCGCACACAUACUCUCCCCGCUAUCCAAAAGCCUAUUUAAAAGGGCUAUUAUGGAAAGCGGCGCCCAUUUGUAUAACAAGGAUAGGGAUAUCGUUAGUAAAGAGGAGUCAAUACUUUUAGGCAAACGGAUAGCAAAAGAGCAGAAUUGCAGCGAAAGUGAGGAUUGGUUGCAAUGUUUGCGAGGAUUGGAUGCAAAUGUGUUCAAUAAAUAUGUAAAUCCGUUGACAUAUCCCGUAUUGGGCACUGAAUUUCUACCCAUUUCUGCACAAAACGCAUUUGCAAACAAAAAAUAUAAUUCAGAUGUGGAUAUAAUGGCAGGUAUUGCCAGUACUGAGGGCUCAAUGUUAGCUAUUUAUGCGAUGAAUUUAAAAGACAAAUUAUCAUUGAAUGACUUUAUUGAGGCCACAAAAACAUCGGACAGUGUUUACCACGGAUUGGAUGUGAAACGUGUGGACGACUAUUAUCUACAAAAUGUCGACAAAAACAGUUCAUUUGAGCUCAAGAAAGCGUUUUAUGAAUUAUACGGCGAUUUAAUAAUGAAAUGUCCGACAUAUCUGUUUGCUAAACAAGCUGCCAUAAAUAAACAACCUGGUCAUAAUGUAUAUUUCUACCAGGUCACUUAUCAAAACAAGUAUCAAGCUCAUACACAGGGCUGUGAUAAGGAGGGUAUGGGUGUCUGUCAUUGCGCUGAACUUGCAUUCGUUAAUGGGUUGCCGUUUGUAAUCCCCGACGCAUACACUCCAGUGGACGCCAUAUUUAGCGCAGAUUUAAUGAAAAUGUGGACUAAUUUUGCUAAAUAUGGG